AUGGAUCCAUACAAGAACAUUCCAUCAAGUGCUCAAAAUGCCAAAUUUUGGACGACAAACUCUGGAGCUCCUGUAUGGAAUAAUAACUCUUCAUACACAGUUGGAAAAAGAGGUCCAAUCCUCCUUGAAGAUUACCAUUUGAUCGAGAAGCUUGCCAACUUUGACAGGGAAAGAAUUCCAGAACGUGUUGUUCAUGCUAGGGGAGCUAGUGCGAAAGGUUUCUUUGAGGUUACACACGACGUCUCAUCUCUUACAUGUGCUGAAUUUCUUCGUGCUCCUGGAGUUCAAACACCUGUGAUUGUUCGUUUCUCUACUGUUAUCCAUGAAAGAGGCAGUCCUGAAACCUUGAGGGAUCCUCGAGGUUUUGCAGUGAAGUUUUAUACCAACGAGGGAAAUUUUGAUCUUGUUGGAAAUAAUUUCCCAGUCUUCUUUGUCCGUGAUGGAAUGAAAUUCCCAGAUAUGAUUCAUGCUCUAAAACCUAACCCUAAGUCUCAUAUCCAACAGAAUUGGAGGAUCCUUGACUUCUUUUCUCACCAUCCAGAAAGCUUGCACAUGUUUACUUUCCUCUUUGAUGAUCUUGGUAUUCCACAAGAUUACAGACACAUGGAAGGUUCGGGUGUUAAUACUUACAUUCUUAUAAACAAGGCUGGGAAAGCACAUUAUGUGAAGUUUCAUUGGAAACCCACUUGUGGAGUUAAAUGCUUGUUGGAAGAAGAGGCAAUUCGAGUUGGAGGAUCGAAUCACAGCCAUGCAACUCAGGAUUUGUAUGAUUCAAUUGCAGCUGGUAACUAUCCUGAAUGGAAACUUUACAUUCAAACUAUUGAUCCUGAUCAUGAAGACAACUUUGAUUUCGACCCACUUGAUGUAACCAAGAUUUGGCCUGAGGAUAUCAUUCCUCUGCAGCCAGUUGGUCGCCUAGUCUUGAAUAAGAACAUCGACAACUUCUUUGCGGAGAACGAACAACUUGCAUUUUGUCCUGCUAUUGUGGUUCCUGGGAUACAUUAUUCAGCUGAUAAACUUUUGCAAACUCGAAUUUUCUCCUAUGCUGAUACUCAAAGGCAUAGACUUGGACCGAAUUAUUUGCAGCUUCCAGCUAAUGCCCCCAAGUGUGUUCAUCACAACAAUCACCAUGAUGGUUCCAUGAAUUUCAUGCAUAGGGAUGAGGAGGUCAAUUACUUUCCUUCAAAGUAUGAUCCGGUUCAACACGCUAAGAGGUUUCCUGUUCCUUCUAACAUCCUUACUGGAAUGCGCGAGAAGUGUGUGAUUGAGAAGGAGAACAACUUCAAACAACCUGGAGAGAGAUAUAGAUCUUGGGCACCAGACAGGCAAGAACGAUUUAUCCGAAGAUGGAUUGAGGCUUUAUCUGAUCCGCGACUCACUGAUGAAAUUCGAAAUAUAUGGAUCACUAACUGGUUGCAAGCUGACAAGUCUCUGGGUCAGAAAUUAGCAAGUUCACUGAAUUUGAAGCUGCCAUAA